AACAAAGGAAGUUCCUGCUGCCAAAAUCAUCCCAUGCCCAUCCGAGAACUUUGCGAAAAUUAUGUAACUGCCAGUAAUUGUGACUUUGAAUUUUCCAAACUAAACGAAAACACAAUGAUCGAUGAGCAGCACCCAAUGCAGAUUGGCAUGUUUCCAAUGGACAUAAAAUGUCAACAGCAACAUCUACUAGGACCAGGAACAGGAGCUGGGGCAGGAGCGGGAGCAGGAUCCGGACCCUGUUCAGGAGCGGGGCAGCCACAGGCUGGGGGGCUCAAUCAACUGCUGUUGAACGGAAAUGAACGCAUGUUAACAACACCAGCAGCAGCGGCGGGAGCGGGAGCGGGAGCGGCGGCAGUGGCAACGGCAACGGCAACAGGAAGAGCCCACAAUGACAAAAUGGCGUCAGUCAGCAGAAAUGUCAACGGAAGUUGCAACAACCACAACAGCAACAGCGCCAUAAACAAUGGCCACGCACAGCAUCCACAAACGAUGGGCCUGGACAUGGGCAUGGGCAUGGGUCCGGGUCCCGGUCCUGGUCCGGGCCCGGGUCCGGGUCCGCCCCAACUCUGUAACCGCAUUACCUUGGGGGAGUGCAGUCUAAAUGGGAUGGACGGCUUCACGGCACCCGCACCUCCAUCUGCAUCAAACACACCGCAAGCGCCUCAACUGCUGCAACAGCACACGGGUAUAGGAGGGGACAUGGGGGCCGGAGGUUGCAUUGGACCCCCGAUGAACAACUGUGCCCACUGCUGCCGGCCAAUUUCUGAUCGCUACAUCAUGCGCGUGGUGGAUAACUCCUUCCAUGAGGGCUGCCUCAAGUGCACCGCCUGCUCCCUCCACCUGGUGCACUCGUGCUACGCUCGGGAGGGCAAGCUCUACUGCCGCAUCGACUACGAGAGACUCUACAUCCGCAAUCGUUGCCUGGGCUGUGGCCAUAAGGUCGCCGCCGAUGAGCUGGUGAUGCGGUGCCACGAGAACGUCUUCCAUCUGAAGUGCUUUGCCUGUGUGGUGUGCGGGGCCCUGCUGAAGAAAGGCGAGCAGUAUGUGGUGAAGCAGGGACAACUCUUCUGCCGCUUCGACUAUGAGAAGGAGGUGGAGAUGCUGCAGGGCUAUGAUUACUAUGGCGACGACCUCUUUCCGCCCAAAUUGGAUGGACGGCGCGGCCCCAAGCGACCACGGACGAUCCUCAACACCCAGCAGAGACGCUCAUUCAAGGCCUCUUUCGAGGUGUCGCCCAAGCCCUGUCGCAAAGUGAGAGAGAAUCUGGCCAAGGAGACUGGUUUAAGCCUAAGGAUUGUGCAGGUGUGGUUUCAGAACCAACGGGCCAAGGUCAAGAAGAUACAGAAGAAAGCCAAGCAGGAGCCGCCCAGCAAAGGAGCCAGCGACUCCCAGGACUCACAAGAGUCCCACGACAGCAGUCUGGCUACCAAAAUCAAGGACGAGGCGCACAGCGACAGCGAGUCGCAGAUGGAGUCGCCGUAUUCAAAUGCCUCCGAGGGAUUAUCCAGGAUGCGCUGCAUCAAGGAGGAGCAGGAGCAAGUGCCCUUCAACUGCAUGGAAACCAACAAGGAAAACUGUAACAAGAACAACGAGCCCAUCCUGAACACCAUUCUGGGUCUGAGCUACGCCACUUUCCAGCAGCUGAUGGGGCCCUUCACGCAGACGCCCAUGAUCAACCCGAUCGACCGACUCUACAGCAUGCAGAGCUCCUACUUCCGGCCCGAGGAGUUGGGUGCCUACGGCGAGUGCGGUGUCAAGGAGGCCCUCGAGCACUAGUCCAUCCCUAAGGCCCCCCAAUUUUAAGCCCAAAUCAAAAUUAGACCUUGUAAAA